AUGUCUGCCUUCCCUGACUAUUACGCCAUUCUCAACGUCCCCACAAGUGCAUCUACGGAUGAGAUUCGACAGGCGUAUAGGAGAGAAUCGCUCAGGACACAUCCCGACCGCAUAGUGAACGCAAGCGAGGAAGAGAAGAGAAAGGCAACAGAAGCUUUUCAAUCCGUCGCAGACGCAUACUACGUUCUGUCCGAUACCACGCGGCGCAAGGAAUAUGAUAACCUCUACUCAACUCGGUCAGACAGGAGCGAGAAGCCAAGCGCCUCGGCUAACUUCUUCUCUACAUUCGCGAAUAUGUUUGCCGGCACGGCUGGUGCUGCACCUGCAGGCGAGGGAGCGCGACCUGAUGCCGAGGGUGUCUUUGGCGACGUCUUCGAGGACUUGCUACGUCCGGAGGUAGAACGCCACGCUCCCUGGUGGGCGUGGUUCGGCGCUGCGUGUGGCGCGGGAUUGGGUUUCAUUGUCGCGAAUGUCCCGGGUACACUGGUCGGAGCGUACGCUGGCAACAAGCUCGGCGCAAUCCGCGACGCCAAAGGCAAGAGUGUUGCCGCAGUAUUUGGCCAGCUCGGUUCGGCACAGAAGGCCGAGAUUCUACGUGCACUGGCUAUGAAGGUCCUUGGCCAGGCUGCUGGCGGCGCCUCCUUCUGA